AACUUCUUGAAAACUCACAAAAACAACAUGACGAAGAAAGCAAAAUUUAUUUUUGAGGGCAACAAAGAAAGCGACACAGAUCUCAAGACUGUUUACACUGAGCUGUUCAUCACAGAGGGAGAGAUGGAAGAUGUCAAUCACGAACAUGAGAUUCUGAAGAUUGAUGAUGCUUUCAGGAACAAAAAAACACAGGACAAACCAAUCAAAUGCAAUGAUAUAUUUACUGAACUGAGGAAAAACAAUGAGGAGAAGAUUGUGCUGACCAAGGGAGUCGCUGGCAUCGGAAAAACUGUCUCUGUGCACAAGUUCAUCCUGGACUGGGCAGAAGGAAACACCAAUCAGGAUAUAGAGUGUGUGUUCCUGCUUCCAUUCAGAGAGAUCAACAUGAUUAAAGAUAAAAAGGUCAAUCUCCAUGAGUUUCUGCUGAAAUUCUAUCCUGAAUUGAAGGACCUAGAGAAAUCAAAGUUAUAUAAGGAACAUAAGCUAGCAUUUAUAUUUGAUGGACUUGAUGAGA